AUGUGUCGGCCUGUCACGCUGCAAGUAAACACCCGGGCUGAUGGACAGCUCGGGACUGGAUGGCCUCACCGUCUUCCCCCUUGGGAGAGCUCUGAAGAAGGAAAGAGGAGAGCGGAGGGGAAAGGAAGGGGGCAGAAGCUGGAGAAAAAGGAGUUGGAGAGAAGGGUCACUCUCUUUAUCCACGAGGAUCGCAGUGUCACGGUUACUUCGCUGAGAGAGAGAGAGAAGGGGGGGAAAAAACGCGCGUCGGUUGGAUACGCGUCGGUCUCCGGGAGCAGUACGCACGACCAGGACACUCUGUCGCCUCUGCUUUCCCCCAAAAACCAGUCAGCACUGCGCGCCGCCGAGGAGCUGCGGAGCGUCCGGGGCUGCGAAAAAAGGGUACGAAGUGAAAGAAACAGUCCGAAAAUGUGUUCCAGUGACGACUCUCGCAUCCUGGAUUUGGAGGAGCAGGUUAAUAAUUUAUCAGACGAGUUAAUACAAUGUCAGGCCGACAAGGAGUUUGUGUGGUCUCUGUGGAAACGCCUGCAAGUGGCAAAUCCAGACUUGACCCAGGCUAUCAGUUUGGUGGUAGAACGAGAGAAACACAAAGCUGAGAUUAAGGAUCGAAAAGUGUUGGAGAUCCUCCAGUCCAAAGAUUUCAAGAUACAGGAGCUGGAACAGAAAGCGACAGAGCAUCAGCAGGAGAUAAACAACCUGGUUCAGAGGAGGACGACAGAGGAGGAGGAGCGUGCUUUAAAGAAGGAGCUGACAACUCUGCGUGAGCAACUGGUCAAUAAGAGUCAGGAUCUUCAGGAAAUGAAGACAGAGUGGAGGAAGAAGGAGGAGGAGCAGCAGCAGGUGGUGCAGGCUCUAGAGGAGGAGAAAGAGGGAUUAACGUCACUCUGUGCCGCCCUGAGAACUGACCUGGAGGAAAAAGAGAGGCAGGUCAACAGUCAGCGAGACCAGAGGGAUGCCGCCCUGGCCAGAUUAAAGGAUCUGGAGGAGGAACAGCACAAUACUUAUCAAAAGCUAACUACUGUUCAGCGAUACAAUGACGAUCUAGCAGCGCUGCUUUCUUCUAAAGAGCGGGAGUUCGCAAAUAAAGAGGGACAACUUGAUGGACUUCGUCGUGAUUUUGCUGAGGUGCAGACUCUGUACAAACAGAGCACACAACAUGCAGCAGAGCAGAGCCACCUGAUCAGGCAACUGGAGGGACUCAACUUAGACACACAAAGAGUCCUGAGAAACCAAGAGGAGGCACACACUGCUGACACCACCUCGUAUCAGCAGCUUUACAAGGAGUUGAGUCAGUGCUACCAGGCUCUCCUGUCAAGUGAGGGCAAGCUCCGUCAGAGUCACCAGGAGCUCAGCAGCCAGUUGGCUCACAGAGACCAACACAUCUUAGAACUCCAGGCUCAGCUUCAGAAAUUACAGGCAGAAAUACAACUUCUACAGCAGCAACCGGCACCAAAAACAGCUUUGAACCCAUCUCCGAACAGACAAACCAACUUUAAGCCGCUGGUGUCGGGGCAAGCUGAUGCUGCGGUUCAGAUAUCUAGCCCUUUCUCUGACCCGUCCUCAAGUCUAAGUUCAGAUCCCAAGUCCACGGACAAGCGUUUCCAUCAUAGGUCUACAGUCACUGUCAGAGGGCAGCAGGAUACACCUGUGCAACGGUCCAGGUCUCUGUCCCCAGCCAGCAGCGUGGGGUCGAGAAGAAUGAUGAGAAUAGGAGCAGAACAAAAAAUCCAUGAUCUUGAGGCACUGCUGCAACUGAAGACUGAGGAGAAUGAUGAGCUGAGGAAGGCUCAUAAUAAGCGCCGUGAACGUCUUUGUUUGAUUCAAGCCAACUACAAGACAGUUAAAGACCAGCUCAAAGACAUGGAGAAAUCCAGUGGUCUGCCAGUUGGAAGGAAUCUCCGCCCAGAGUCCUGGCAGCUUCGACAAGAGAACAGUGAUGCUGUGUGGAAUGAGCUGGCCUACUUGAAAAAUCUCACCAGAAAACUCUCCACGGAGAAAGUGGGUUUGGAAGAGGAGCUGGACGUGCUGCGAGUCCAGGCAGCUAUGGACCGGGCCACUGUGAAGGAGUUCCAAAUGUGUCUUGCAUAUGAACACCAAGAAUUGCUUCACAAAGUGGCAGCGGAGCAGCAGGUCAAAAGCAGCACUCCGAAAAAGCCUUCUCUGUCUUCAGGUCGAAUGGAACAGUCAUUUAAAAAGAUUGAGCAGCUGGAGUUGAGAAUGAUGUCCCUGACGGAGCAGACAGACAGGCUGAGAAAGGAGAAAGAGCAGUUACUUGAGGCCAACAAAGACUUGGCCCACAACUGCCGCAGACUCCAAGCCUCCCUGGACCAUCUGCAAAUGCAGGAGGCUGUCCGAGAAGAGGCUGCUCAUGCCAAGGCCAUGGCCCAAGAGGAAAAACAUUGUGGUGAGAUCAUGGCUCUCGAAGCUCGACUGGCCACAUCUCAAAAAGAGAUUACCAAGUUUCAUCAUCAGUUGCUCAAGCUGAGACAGGAACUAGGGAUUCUCAGAGCAGCCAGGGACUUCUAUAGGCAUCGUGCAGCAGGACCAACACGGGCAGCUGGGAUCACAGACAACAUUAGUGGCAAGGUCAAACUCAAGACAACUCGGCACAGAAGUCUACUACAUCGGCACAGACAUCGAACAGUCAGCCCCAAUCAAGCCAUCAGCUGGCAAGGCCGCAGCCCCAGUCCCACUAAGGACGAGUGGGAGGACAUGAGCGUCGAUGGUGACAGUUGUGAGGAGUACUCGGAUAGUCUGAACAGUGUUCCCUGUUGGACAUCGACUCACAGACAGCACACUCAUACAAAGUCCUACAGGUGCUCAAACACACAAGCACUGGCACGAGAGUCUAAAAGAAAGCAACCGGAUGUUCGGACCCAAGAUCAUAAACAGCAUGAGCCCUGGGAGCGAGGGACAAGAGGAGCGAAAAGGAGGUGGAAGGGGAAGGUGGUGAGGAACAGGCGCUGCUCCUCCUCUUCUGUACAGCAGCGCAUCAACUCUCUACAGUGUCACAUUGACAUCCUACAAAGUGCUAGGAAAGAUGCUCUCCUCUCAGCCAGGGAGUUGCGAAGGGCCAAUGAGACGAUCACGGCACAGCUCAACACUGUUACCGGGAGACUCAACACCAGCAAGCAGCUUACACAGAAGCUAACCUCUGACCUGGCUGGUGUGGAACAGCAGAAAAAAGUUUUGGAGAUGGAGCUUCAGCAGUGGAAGCAGAUUACUUUCCCCCCACAAACUGCACCACCAACACCACCAGUAAACACAGAGUGCUCCUGCAGAAGCAUGCCUGCUGCAGCUAACGCUGCCCCUCAGGCCUUGGAGGCUGAGGUGAAACAACUUCAAGCCAAGCUUAAGAGUGCAAGUGCUGAGGUCACAAGGCAGAUGGCCGCUAACAAAGCCCUGCGCGGCCAGCUCCAGGAGAAGGAGGACAAGCUCUGCCAGCUGCAGGAAAAAGUGGGCCACACUGAACGAGAUGUUAGUAUGAAAAGGCAGCUGGUGGAGGACUUGAGGACGAGGCUGAAGUUUCUGCAGGAGAUGGAAAAAAGCUACCGUGACCAGAUAGAGGAGCUUGAGAAGAAGGUAAAGACUUUAUCAGAGGAGGCCACCAACAGGAAGGCCCUCAUUGAAUCUCUAAAGAGAAGGUUAAAUGUUGCAACAACAGAGAAAAGCAAGCAUGAGGCUUCCUGUGCCAAACUGAAGGAGGACCUUGAGAAAAAGGAGCAUCGUCUGCAUGCCCUACAGGCUCGUGUCGGAGCCGGUGAACAGGCCUUGGCUGCCCUGGAACAGACUGCCACUGAGCAAAUGGAGGGUUUAACUCAGCAGAGCACCCAUGCUUUGGACAAGCUUCAGAGACAGCUUUGUCAGGCUCAUUCUCAACUGGAGCAUCUUUAUUCUUUCAUCAAGACCCUGGCCAGUGAAAUACUUUUAGACAUUCAAGAGGUCAAGCAGCAGUUGAUGAAGAGGAGGUUGAGGCAGGCCAGCGCCAUGGCAGCAAAGAGCGGCCCUGCAGCCAAGUCUAUGAUCAAAGCCAAGUCCAUUGCUGCCUCCAUUCUCAAUAUGUCAGAGAAUGAUCUUGCUGACAUAAUGGAAACAGAUCAGAGGGCAUCGGGCUGCACAGAGAGUCCCAGAGACCAGGAAUGGAUGGACCACUUCAUCCUCAUUCUCCAACAGAAGAUCCCCUCAGCCGGCCAGCUAAUGGAGGCUGUGCGCGUGAAGAUGAAGGAGAGGAAAGUGCUGACAGAAGAGCUGGCCGCGCUCGCAACACCAGUCAGCGAAAAAACCUGACUCCCUGGGCUGAGGCUGGGAAAACUGUCAUCCUCUUCUUUUUCUCCCUCCCUUCUUCCUUCCCUUCCCAGUUCCCGCUCAGUGGGAGCCGGGCUGAGCCAAGCUGAGCCGGGGCAGCAGAACCAAUAUUUGUGAGAAAAACGCUGUCGACUCACUCUGGGCCACUGGCUCAACACAGCAGCCCGGCUUUUGUAAAUGAGCCCUCGACAUCUGUGUUAGCACUCAGUGCACUAUGUCUAUCAGACAGGGCCCUUUAGUGCCAAGCUAAUUUACAGCACAGCCACUCUCCUCCACUCUCAAUUCAGGACCGGGGUGAUAAGGCAAAUGCUUACGCUAUGUUUAUCUUACACUUUUUUGUAAACUUUAUUUUACCUCUCAAACUAAUUUACUUGUGGGGACUCAACCUCACAAUGCCAAGUCAACAAUUUGAGAAAGUAAAAUACAGUUAUGAUCCAUUCAUCAAACAUCAAAGAUCCUGUUGUGUAAUUCAGGAUUUCUUUGUUUAAUUUUUUCAAUUCAUUGCAAGGAUGUAUUUUUGCAGGGUUUUAGCUUUGUUUAUGCACGCAUUUGCCUCUCAUCGUUUCUGGUGCUAAUUUAUUGGAUUAUUAUGUUAUCAGAGUUUUUGCCUUCAAAAAUCUUAAAUUGUCUUCAAUUGUAAAUAAAAAGCGCGACGUCUGGC